AUGAGUACUCUUGAUUGUAAGUUUACAGCUGAAGAGAGUUUAAUCGAAGACCGCAGCGACUAUCGGUCAGCAAUCAAUGGCCAAGGGGCGCCACUCAGUCAGUCUUUGGGGAAGCAACUGGCCGGACGGCCGAUGUUGGCGGCUGUCGGGGGACCAGGAGAUACGGUACGGUCUACGGACCAGCCGUAGCAGCUGGGGCCGGCAAAACACGAGCAUUAUCAAUAUACGUAAAGCUUUUGUUGCAAGCUAGGUUGGCCAAAACAUCCUCAUUACGGCUGAGACCGUCCAGUCCAUGAUCAAAGCAUUGAAGGCGCAAGACCUCGAUGAAGAUUCAAUUAUACAUGGAUGA